UGAUAGACACGGCUUCUCUGCCACCGCUGUGUACAACGGUGCGUUGAUACUUACAAACAUAUCUAUCGGGCGCUGAUUGCCCGCAAAUCUCCGGCGCAACUUGCCCACGGAGGCUUGACGAGUAUAAGAACGGGAUGAGCCCUGGGGAAGGUUCCCGAGACACCCGCGAAAAAAACACAAAUCGACAUGCGGUUCAGCCUGCUUCUCUCGACCCUCGCCCUGCUCGCCGCGUCUACGGGCGUCCUCGCUCAGUCCGCAGACUGCCCCGGGCAAGGGCCCGUCGACUGGUGCCUCGAGCACUGCCGCAGCUGCUGCGCCCGCUUCCCGACGUCCUCCGAGUGCACGCCCAACAAGUUCACGUGUGUCAACUUAUGCCAAAGCCCGUAAAUGUCGAGGGAUAAUAUUCGAUUCAGUCGCAGCGGGAAGCACAUAAGAGCGGGCAUGACGUUCUGGUUCACGGGAUUCAAUAUGGAGACAUCACCGCGUCUUAAGUAGUGAUGUGGUCACAUGCAAGUAGCUACUGUGUCAUGUACUGGUCUGAAUAGACCCCCG